CGCGCCGCCAUGGCGGCUUUCCCCCGCCACCGCCGCUUUCUGGGCGGCUUCGUGUGCGGGGCCGCGGCGGGAGCUGCUGUGUCGUGCUGGACUGCGUGGCGGCUCCUCCGCAGCCAGAGCCAGCUGGAAACGGUCCCCGAGCGAGCCCUACUGGAGGAACCCAUAGAAGAGUCUCUGCUGGAAAAAUAUGGAUUCCCUGAAGCUGGAACAGAGACAAGAUGUUACACAAAUCAUGCACUGUCUUAUGAUCAGGCAAAACGGGUGCCAAGAUGGGUGAUUGAACAUAUUUCAAAACAGAAGACCCUGGGCAAUGCAGACCGAAAACACUGUAAAUUCAGACCAGAUCCUAACAUCCCUCUAAUGUUUAGUGCUGUCAAUGAAGACUACCUUGGCAGUGGAUGGUCCCGAGGACACAUGGCACCAGCAGGAGAUAACAAAUUUUCAACAAGAGCUAUGGCUGAAACCUUUUAUCUGUCUAACAUUGUGCCUCAGAAUUAUGAAAAUAACGCUGGAUUUUGGAACAGAAUGGAAAUGUAUUGUCGGGAGCUGACCGAGAGAUUUGAGGAUGUUUGGGUGGUUUCUGGACCUCUGACCUUACCUGAAACAAAUAAUGAUGGAAAGAAGACUGUUACUUAUCAGGUAAUUGGAAAGGACGAUGUGGCUGUGCCAUCCCAUCUCUACAAGGUCAUCCUUGCCAGGCGGAGCAGGACGUCUACAGAGCCCUUGGUACUGGGGGCGUUUGUGGUGCCAAACGAUCCCAUAGGCUUCAGCCACCAGCUGACUGAGUUCCAAGUAAAGAUUGAAGAUCUGGAAAAAAUGUCAGGUUUAGUUUUCUUCCCCCAGGUGGACAGGACCAAAGAUGUCAAAAACAUCUGUGAGGUGGAUAGCUGUAAACUGAUGGGCUUCAAGGAAUUCACCUUGUACAUCACUGCUCGAAAAGUGCAGGGUGCCCGCACCUUGCACCGCUUGGAGAAAGCCAUGUCAGAGCUACAGGAGGCAGGAAUUGAGCCUGAUGAGUAUCUUCUAAAGCUUUACAAGAAAAAGGAAGAAGAACUCCUGCAGGAAAAACAAGUAGCAGCUAGAGAGGGGAAAGCUGGCUGAGGACCUGUUCAGGGUGAUGUUUGAGGUUUUGUGCUCUGAAAGGGGAGCUGAGGGCAAACACAAACUCUCAAGGGCUUUAUCAAUUGUCCUGGUUUGAGCUGUGAAGAAAACAAUAAAGAAACAUUUGGAAGCUGGUGGGUUUGGAAUAACGUUCAUUCUUGUGUAACAUGAUGCACACACAUGAUUUGCUGCAGUGCUUAGAUAUGGGAAAUGAAAAUGACCCCUUUCUGGCAUGAAUAGAUUACUGGACCUCCAGAAAAGGCUUUGUGCUAUUUUCCAAGUGAGACGUCAGACUUGGGGUUUGUAUGGAAUCCCUUCUAGGAAUAUUAUAAAAAUAGACAGUAGACACCUUGGAGUGUAACUGGAACGUGUUUGAAUGUAAUUCUGCCUGCAAAGGGCUUUCAGUGUGAUGCUGGAGAAGCAGUGGUGCUUUCUGAGAAUUUUUAAAACCCAAUGAAUGUAGAAAUACUUCAUUUAACACCCUUUUGCCAGAGACCUGUACGACGCAAUGGAAAUCCCUUACACUCUUCACAUAGCUCUGUUAACCGAACCAGAUUGUCCCUUACCUCUCCUGACCUUGUGUGCUUUGGAUACUUUAGCAUGUCAGUAGCUGUCAACUGUUGUCAUUUGCAGAGGGCUUCUUCCAUUCAUGGAUCAUUGUGCAAUUAAAAGAAAUAACAAUAGGGGCAGAGUUUGCAUAGGUAGCUACAAGUGUAGGUGGGGCUUUCAUAAAGUAUUUUAAACUUAAUAUUUCACUUUGCUCACUGAGUUUGGAUGAGCAAGUUU